AUGAGUGUAACCGAAUUGAAAGCCGGACAUGCGCCAGCUGAAAAAGUUGGAGGACGUCGAGUUGUGAAUCGAAAGGAUCGAAAAUAUUCGGAUUCGAUGGAUUCGAAUCAGAAUGCGAAUCAUUAUUCGAAUUCGGAAUCGUCCGAUGAUGGAAUUCGCGAGUUGAUUGAUGUUGAUUUGCCAGCCAAGGUAAGAAGGGGAAACAAGUAGUAGAGCCUAGAGAGUCACUCUGCAAAGGAGCUGCACCUUGAGAUCCACAAUGGCUAGAUACAGCGCCUUGAGAGAUUCUAUGCCAAGUAACGGCGCCUAGAGAACUUAGUUGUCAAGUAGCCACUCCUAGAGGAUCCGACUACCAAGAAAGACCACCUAGAGAUCUACUAUGCCAAGUAAUCGCGCCUAUAGAGCCUAGUUGUGAAGUAACCAAGCCUAGAGAUCCUAGUUGUCAAGGAUCAGAAGUCAGAAACUGCACAGCCAAGCUUUUGAUAUAAGUUAUGACGUGUCGAAAUUUAUUUGUGAGCUCACAAUGUUAAUGUUAGCCUGGCGAACUCCAAAAUUUGCGAUGUCAUAGCUCAUAUUAGAACUCGAGCUCUGCAGUUUUUGAUAAUGAGAUUCCAACCUCCCAAAUCAUUUUUGUUUUGCAGAUGGAAAGAAGCUAUCCAACAGUUUCGGUCAAAAAAUCGCACGAAAAACCGAUUCCAACACUUCAAGCAACUCGCAGCAGUCGCUCAACUCGCGGAACUGUUCAACAACCAAGAAAACAAACUCAUUAA